UUUUAUAUUGUUUAUAGAGUAAUAAGUCAGUUGGAAAAUGAGAUGGUCUAAAAGAAUUUUUAUUUUUUUUUUACUUGUAUGACAGUAAAAGUCUUUCCACUUAAAUGCUGCACCUAUGAAAGGAUGAGUAGUUGUAUUUUAGUUUAUUGGACUUCUUUUCCUUUGGGCUUGUCCCUUUCGGGGUCGCCACAGCGCGUCAUCCUUUUCCAUGUAAGCCUAUCUCCUGCAUCCUCCUCUCCAACACCAAGUGCCCUCACGACAUCCAUCAACCUUCUCUUUGGUCUUCCUCUGGGGCUCUUGCCUGGCAGCUCCAUCCUCAUCAUCCUUCCACCAAUAUACUCACUCUCUCUCCUCUGGACAUGUCCAAACCAUCCAAGUCUGCUCUCUCUAACUUUGUCUCCAAAACAUCGAACCUUGGCCGUCCCUCUGAUGAGCUCCUUUCUAAUGUUAUCCAACCUGGUCACUCCUAGAGCGAACCUCAACAUCUUCAUUUCCGCCACCUCCAGCUCUGCUUCAUGUUGUCUCUUCAGUGCCACUGUCUCUAAUCCGUCCAUCAUGGCCGGCCUCACCACUGUCUUCUAAACUUUGCCCUUCAUCCGAGCAGAGACUCUUCUGUCACAUAACACACCUGACACCUUCCUCCACCCGUUCCAACCUGCUUGGACCCGUUUCUUCACUUCCUGACCACACUCACCAUUGCCCUGGACGGUUGACCCCAAGUAUUUCAAGUCCUCCACCCUUGCUGUCUCUUCUCCCUGUAGCCUCACUCUUCCACCCUCUCAUUCACACAUAUAUAUUCUCUCUUUCUUGGGCUAAUCAUUCUUCUGCUUUCCAGUGCAUGCCUCCAUCUUUCUAACUGUUCCUCCAGCUGCUCCCUGCUUUCACUGCAGAUCACAAUGUCAUCUGCAAACAUCAUGGUCCACAGGGAUACCAGUCUAACCUCAUCUGUCAGCCACUGCAAACAGGAAGGGGCUCAGGGCUGAUCCCUGAUGCAGUCCCACCUCCACCUUAAAUUCUUCUGUCACACCGACAGCACACCUCACCGCUGUUCUGCUGCCCUCGUACAUGUCCUGUAUUAUUCUAACAUACUUCUCUGCCACUCCAGACUUCUGCAUGCAGUACCACAGUUCCUCUCUGGGUACUCUGUCAUAGGCUUUCUCUAGAUCUACAAAGACACAAUGUAGCUCCUUCUGACCUUGUCUGUACUUUUCCAUCAACAUCCUCGAGGCAAAUAAUGCAUCUGUGGUACUCUUUCUAGGCAUGAAACCAUAGUGUUGCUCUCAAAUACUCACUUCUGUCCUGAGUCUAGCCUCCACUCCUCUUUCCCAUAACUUCAUUGUGUGGCUCAUCAACUUUAUUCCUCUAUAGUUCCCACAGCUCUGCGCAUCACCCUUGUUCUUAAAAAUGGGCACCAGCACACUUUUCCUCCAUUCCUCAGGCAUCUUCUCACAUGCUAGAAUUCUGGUCAAAAACUUCACAUUCACCUUUCCUAGAUGCUUCCAUACCUCCACAGGAAUGUCAUCAGGACCAACUGCGUUUCCAUUUUUCAUCCUCUUUAAUGCCUUUCUAACUUCCCCCUUACUAAUCAGUGCCACUUCCUGGUCCACCACACUUGCCUCUUCUGCUCUCCCUUCUCUCUCAUUUUCCUCAUUCAUCAACUCCUCAAAGUAUUCUUUCCAUCUAGCUAGCACACUGCUGGCACCAGUCAACACAUUUCCAUCUCUAUCCUUAAUCACCCUAACCUGCUGCACAUCCUUCCCAUCGCAAGCCCUCUGUCUGGCCAACCUGUAUAGAUCCUUUUCUCCUUCUUUAGUGUCCAACCUGGCAUACAUGUCAUCAUAUGCCUCUUGUUUGGCCUUUGCCACCUCUACCUUUGCCCUGUGUCGCAUCUCAAUGUAUUCCUUUCGCCUCUCCUCGGUCCUCUCAGUGUGCCACUUCUUCUUAGCUAACCUUUUUCCUUGUAUGAAGUCUCCUUCUCUCCUUUCCUGCCAGAGGAUACACCAAGUACUCUCCUGCCAGCCUCUCUGAUCACCUUGGCUGCAGUGGUCCAGUCUUCUGUCCACCGAGAGCCUGUCUCACCUCUUCCCGAAAAGCUGCGCAACACUCGUCCUGUCUCAGCUUCCACCACAUGGUUCUCUUCUCUGCCUUUGUCUUCCUAAUUUUCCUCCCCACCACCAGAGUCAUCUUACACACCACCAUCCUAUGCUGUCUAGCCAGACUCUCCCCUACCACAACCUUACAGUCGGUAACCUCCUUCAGAUUACAUCGUCUGCACAAGAUGAAAUCCACCUGUGUGCUUCUACCUCCGCUCUUGUAGGUCACCCUAUGUUCCUGCCUCUUCUGGAAAAAAGUGUUCACUACAGCCAUUUGCAUCCUUUUUUGCAAAGUCUACCACCAUUUGUCCCUCCAAGUUCCUUUCCUGGAAGCCGUACUUACCCAUCACUUCUUCAUCACCCCUAUUUCCUUCACCAACAUGUCCAUUACAAUCUGCACCAAUCACGACUCUCUCUCUGUCUGGGAUGCUCACAACUACUUUGUCUAGCUCCUUCCAGAAUUCCUCUUUCACCUCUAGGUCACAUCCUACCUGUGGGGCAUAGCCACUAAUCACAUUACACAUAACACCCUCAAUUUCAAGUUUCAGCCUCAUCACUCGAUCUGAUACUCUUUUCACCUCCAAGACAUUCUUAGCCAACUCUUCUUUUAAAAUAACCCUGACUCCAUUUCUCUUCCCAUCUACACCAAUGUAAAAUAAUUUAAACCCUGCUCCUAAACUUCUCGCCUUACUGCCUUUCCACCUGGUCUCCUGGACACACAAUAUAUCAACCUUUCUCCUCAUCAUCAUGGCAACCAACUCCCGAGAUUUUCCUGUCAUAGUCCCAACAUUCAAAGUCCCCACAUUCAAUUCUAGGCUCUGUGCUUUUGUCUUCUCUUUCUGCCAAAGAACCCGCUUUCCACCUCUCCUUCGUCGUUUCCACCGGCCCCCUGCAGGUUAACGGUGCCGGGGGAGGACGUUGUUAACCUGGGCCACGACCGAUGCGGUAUGGAAUUCUUUAGAAGAAUGCUCAUAUUUGUCUGGCAAGCCGGAUGCCCUUCCUGACGCAACCCUCUGCAUUUAUCCGGGCUUGGGACCGGCCUACAGUUAGCACUGGCUUGUGCCCCCCAUAGGGCUGCAUUAUUUUAGUUGAUUAGACUGUUUGGCUUUCUUUUUCUUUUCUUUUUUUGCCCUUUUAUUAUGGUUAAAAAAAUUAUAUAUAUUGCCUUCAGUGAUCUUAAACACUAUAGCUACAGUAAUUUUACUGUAUUUUCGUUUUAUAGGACAGUAGCUGACUUGUACUUCUUGUGUGAUUAACAAAAAAGUAAAAAAAAAAAAAACAUUUUUUCGAAAUUGACAUCAAUGACAGUAGUAACUUCAUUUCAGUAGAAAAUUUCACAAAUUGUGAUCGCAGGAAGGCCCUUUUCCACUUAAAUGCUGCAUCAUAUUUAUCUACAUCAAAGAAGUGGUAGUUUUGCUUUAUUUUAGUUUUGGAACGUUUUAUUGGCCAGUGGCUAACUUUUUAAAUGUGUAUGAGAGUUAUAAAAAAUAAAAUAAAUGAAUGCAUAAAGUCCAUCUAAAUGCUACGCGACACCUACAAUCAUCAUCUUCAAAUCAUCAAAUGUAUCGUCAAAGGGUGAGUAGUUUAACUUUAUUUUAGUUUUAUUGGAAAGUGUUGGCUUCUUUUUCACUUGAAUGAAGGUUCAGAAAAAUUGUUAAUUAAGUUGACUCACCUUCAGCUAGCUUUAAACGUUAUAAAUCCUCGGGGGGCCGUGUUUUUUUAUUUACGUUGAAAUUAAAUAUUUACGUAUAUUGAGACCACUCAAUAGGGUUUGCGGGCUCCAUCUAGUGGUCGUAAACGAAUAUUUACAGUGGUUCAAUGCAUUUCCAAUGCGGCACAUUUUGAUAGGUGCACUCCAGUUGUAUUUAACUUUUAAUCACCAUCCGUUUGCAUUCAAUCUUUGACAACUGUUUGUUUUCAUUCAUUUAUUUAGGUACAAAUUUUAUUGGACUAAAUGUGCAAUUCAUAUAAAUGGAAUCUUUAUUUAAAUACAGUAUUUUAUUUUCCUAAUUUUAAGCAAGGUGUUUAUUUUCAAACUGCAUAAUGUAACAGUGGCUUACUGUAAUAUCAAAAGAACCUUUUAAGGAAGGAAACUUUUUGUGCGUGGCGUAAUAAAGUUUGAGAACAUCUGAUUUCGACGAUGAGGCAUUUCCUUGCCGUUAGCGGCACCGAUUGGUGGAAGGUAGCAAGUACAGCCUUUGACGAACCGUCUUUAUGCGUCGAAAUAUACGUUUGCUUGUUUUGUUUUUUUAAAAUAUUUCGUCACGUUACAAAAGAAGUAAUGGUAUCUUUGUAAAAUGUAAAAUUCGAACUAUAACAGCCACAUAAAGGCUGUCACUGUAUACAUUUUCCCUCCUUAUUAUUUCUAUUUCCGUUUUACCUUAAACAUCCUGAUAUGCCAAGUCAAUAGAUUGAUUUUUAAUGACGCACGUUUUUUUUUCUCAACAUGUAGACACACGCUGUUGUUGAUACAUGCGUUACGAAUGGAUUUGGACAAAAGACGAAAGCGCAGAUACGAAGCACAAGAUGGUUUUACCUGUACGUCAGCAUGGAGGCUAACGCUAGCGCUAGUAGCUUUGAAACGACUUACGUCAGCUAUAAUACGCCACCGAGACUCACGUUGCUGAUAAUUAAUAAGUGAAGAGAAUAAAUACCCAUGGGAGGAUAUUAAGACGUAUAAUAAUUCGUAGUUAUUCAACAGUUUCCGUUUGUUGAAGUUGUACUGGAAGUAGCCUGCAGGCAGGUUCUCCUCCUCAAGGUGGCGACAAAAACAACGCUUUCUCUCGAAGCCAGAACAAGACUCAAAAGCGUCUUGAGUUUGUCUCGUAAAAAGUAAGGUGACGUCCUAUCUGUUCAGCCGAGAUGAUUCUGGAAGCCCUGAGUCGCUUCGGGAGGCAGUUUAUGCGCGUCAAGGUGGUGGACAGCACCAGCGACGACACCCGCCUGGCGCGGUGCCUCAACACGUACGACCUGGUGGCGCUGGGUGUGGGAAGCACGCUGGGCGCCGGCGUCUACGUGGUGGCCGGUGACGUGGCCAAAAAGAGUUCGGGACCCGCCAUUGUCCUGUCUUUCCUGAUCGCGGCGGUGGCGUCCAUCAUGGCCGGCCUGUGCUACGCCGAGUUUGGCGCCCGCGUGCCCAAAACGGGCUCGGCGUACCUUUACAGUUACGUGACGGCCGGCGAGCUGCUGGCCUUCAUCACGGGAUGGAACCUCCUCAUCUCUUACGCCAUUGGGACGUCGAGCGUGGCCAAAACGUGGAGCACUACCUUCGACACGCUCAUCGGCGGCAGAAUCGAGAGGUGGAGCAAAAACAACAUACCCAUGAAUUGGCCUGGCCUCCUCGCAGAAUACCCCGACGUCUUUUCAGUGUUCCUCAUCGUGAUUUUGACAGGCCUACUCGGCUUCGGUGUGAAGGAGUCUGCGCUGGUUGGCAAAGUGUUCACCAGCAUCAACGUCAUGGUUCUGAUGUUCGUAAUGGUCAGCGGAAUGAUCAAAGGAGAUCCCAAAAACUGGAGCGUGAACCCCGACGACGUCCUCAGCGGCGUCAUCGCGUCCUCAACCAAUGCUACAGAUCUUUCGUCUUUAAAGAAAAGUUUGGGUGCAGGGGGCUUCAUGCCUUUUGGCUGGACCGGGGUCUUCUCUGGGGCCGCCACCUGCUUCUAUGCCUUCAUUGGCUUUGAAUGUAUCGCCACUUCAGGUGAGGAGGUGAAGAACCCGCAGAAGGCCAUUCCCGUCGGAAUCGUCAGCUCGCUGCUCAUCUGCCUCAUGAUGUACUUGGGCGUGUCAACCGCCCUCACCGUCUUGAUGCCUUACUACCUCCUGGACCAGCACAGCCCCCUGCCGGGGGCCUUCAGCUACGUGGGCUGGCUGGUCGCCACCAACGCCGUGGCAGCCGGCUCUCUCUGUGCUCUGUCCACCAGUUUACUGGGCGCCAUGUUCCCCAUGCCCAGAGUCAUCUGGGCCAUGGCGGAAGAUGGCCUCCUCUUCAAAUCUUUGACCAGAAUCAACAAUCGCACCAAAACACCUCUCAUGGCAACCAUCGUGUCGGGCGCUGUGGCGGCCGUGAUGGCCAUGCUCUUCGACUUGAAAGAUCUGGUCGACCUCAUGUCCAUCGGCGCUCUGCUGGCUUACACGCUGGUCGCCGCAUGCGUGCUGGUGCUCAGGUACAAGCCCGACAGGAGCCCCACCUACAAGAUGGCCGCUCAGGAGGAAGUGGCUACCGAGGGCGACGUGGACAUCCCGACAAAAGAAAAUCUCCGCUCCACCAUUAGGUGGCUCGUGUUCCACCCCGACGAAGAACCCACUCCUCGUUCCGGGUUCGCCGUCACCGUUUGCACCAGCAUACUCGUGGCUUUGGCGUUGCUUUUUAGCCUGGUGGCCGUCACGGGCAGGCACGCCGCGUGGUGUCCGGCUCUCCUGGGCGCCAUCUUUGUGAUGUGCGUGGGCCUCAUCGUCGUGGUGUGGAGACAACCGCAGAACAAGACCAAGGUCUCCUUCAAGGUCCCUCUGGUACCGCUCCUCCCUCUAGUGAGCAUGCUAAUCAACACGUACCUGAUGAUGCAGCUCAUGACAGGACCUUGGGUGCACUACACCACCUGCAUGGCUAUAGCACAUACCGCCACCUUCUCCCUGCUUUCACUGCAGAUCACAAUGUCAUCUGGGAACAUGGUCCAUGAUGAUUCCAGUCUAACAUCUGUCAGCCGAGCCAACACCACUGCAAACAGGAAGGGGCUUAGGGCUGAUCCCUGAUGCAGUCCCACCUCCACCUUAAACUCCUGUUCUCACUGUUCUGCUGCCCUCAUACAUGUUCUGUACUAUUCGAACAUGCUUCUCUGCCACGCCAGACUUCCUCAUGCAGUACUACAGUUCCUUUCUCAUCUGUCUGGAAAUAUCUAACAUCUUGUAA